GAACUGAACAAGGGUGUCCCUCCCACACGACACCUAAGUUUUUGUUUUCUGUUAUCCUGGUCUUACAAAUAACCUUGCCACCAAAAACAUCUCAAUUCCGAACACAAUGAGUAAUUACCAGAGAGCACCACAAGAGUCAUAUCCUCCUCCAGGCUACGCUCCUCCUUAUCCCCCACCACAGGCUUACCCGCCGCCGCCGGGGUAUUCGCCGUACCCGCCACCGCCGCCGCAGCCGCAGUACGAAGGUUACCAGGGAUAUUUCAAUCAAGGCUAUCCUCCGCCACCUCCCCAUUACCACGUUCAGCAUCACUACAAUGGUAACUCCGGUUUUGCUUCCUUCUUCCAAGGGUGGUAC